AUGGGUCGUCACUUCGGUCAACUGGCUCGUGUCCGUCAUAUCAUCACUUACAGCCUUUCACCUUUCGAACAACGAGCUUUCCCUAACGUUUUCUCGCACGGCAUACCCAAUGUCUGGAGGAGGUUUAGCUCCCAAGUCUUCAAGGUGGUGCCUCCCUUUCUGGGAGCCUAUCUCCUUUAUUCCUGGGGGACACAAGAGUUUGAGAGACUGAAGAGGAAGAACCCCGCUGACUAUGAAAAUGACCAGUAA